UGGCUUUCUUAAAACUUAAAAGCAUUAAAAACUCUUAUAUCAGGAUUCUUUACAGUGUCUUUUAUUCAGAAUGAAUACAAGGAAGGCAGUUUUAGAGAGAGAGAGAGUGAGAGGGGCACACGUUCGUUGUGAGAUUUGAUUUCAUCAAAUUAUUGACGCCCGCGGCUUUGUAUUGCAAUCGAGGAAACCCUAAAAAGAUCGACGGACUUUGACAAACAGGAAAGAGGGGUCUUGGGGGUCAAAUCUCUUCGUAGCUAUAGCUCUUGAUUCGGAGUAUUAAUUAUGAAGAUGGUUGAACGCAUUGCGAAUCUUGCAUUAGCAGGUUUGUCAGUUGCACCCCUUGUUGUCAAAGUCGAUCCAAAUAUUAAUGUAGUUUUGACUGCAUGCCUGACUGUUUUUGUUGGUUGCCAUCGCUCUAUCAAGCCAACACCACCUUCAGAGACGAUGUCAAAGGAGCAUGCCAUGCGAUUUCCUUUGGUUGGCAGUGCAAUGCUUUUGUCGUUGUUCUUACUCUUCAAAUUCUUGUCGAAAGACUUGGUUAACGCUGUACUUACAUGCUACUUCUUUGUACUUGGGAUCAUUGCCCUCUCUGCGACAUUGUUACCUGCAAUAAAGCGAUUUCUUCCGAAACAAUGGAAUGACGAUGUCAUUGAGUGGCAUCUCCCGUAUUUCCAUUCUGUUGGAGUGGAGUUUACAAAGUCUCAGGUUGUUGCGGCAAUUCCAGGAACCUUUUUUUGUGUUUGGUAUGCCUUGAGGAAGCAUUGGCUUGCGAACAAUAUAUUGGGUUUAGCAUUUUGCAUUCAGGGCAUUGAAAUGCUGUCUCUUGGUUCAUUCAAAAUUGGUUCCAUUCUCUUGGCUGGGCUGUUUGUGUACGAUAUAUUUUGGGUCUUUUUUACCCCGGUGAUGGUCAGUGUUGCAAAAUCCUUUGAUGCCCCCAUAAAGCUUUUGUUUCCAACUUCAGAUUCUGCUCGGCCUUUCUCAAUGCUAGGGCUUGGGGACAUUGUGAUCCCAGGUAUUUUUGUCGCCUUGGCUUUACGAUUUGAUGUCUCAAGAAAGACAGGAAAGCGAUAUUUCUGCAGUGCAUUUAGUGGUUAUACAGUUGGCAUGAUCUUAACAAUAUGUGUCAUGAAUUGGUUUCAAGCUGCCCAGCCCGCCUUGCUAUACAUAGUGCCUGCUGUUACUGGGUUUUUGUUCGUGCAUUGCAUUUGGAAUGGAGAAUUAAAACCGAUGUUGGAGUUUGAUGAGUCAAAGGCUGAAGAGGCGAAAAGCUCAAAGGAUUCGGCACAAGACGGCGAGAAAACAAGCGAAUCUAUACCCAGUAAAAAAGAAGAAUAGAGGGAUGAGUAACAUGUUCAUGGUGUGGGCUUGUUUUUAACUUUUGGCAAGAUAUGCCAUUGCCCUCCCAUUCAAUUACAAAAAUAACCCUAGCAAGUUUAGCACCAAGUUUUAGAAGCGAAAAAAGCAUGUCAAAAGAUUUUGGAUUAAUAAUGAAAUCUAACAUUAGUCUGUCAUGGAUGCAAUCUCAAAUGCAGCAUCUUAUUUUGUUUCAUUUGAA